GAACCGGACAUUACAUCUUCAUUUGCAGAGGUUCAACGUGAAUUGUCAAGAAUGGUUACUGAAAACCAUGUGUGGAGGUGUAGAAAUCAGGACCAUAUACAAUGGAAAUAAACAAUGCAAAGCGUGUUUGAUUUCACGACUCAGCUGUGAAAGGGCCGGUACAAGAUUCAAUGUACGAGGAACCAACGAUGAUGGUCAUGUCGCUAACUUCUGUGAAACUGAACAGGUUAUAUUUCUUGAAGAUAAAGUGUCUUCAUUUAUUCAAACACGUGGCUCAGUCCCUUUAUUCUGGGAACAGCCAGGAAUUCAAGUUGGCUCACAUAAGGUGAAAAUGUCAAGAGGAUAUGAAGCAUCAGCUCCAGCAUUUGAGAGACAUUUAUCUACAAUCAAAGUGCAAUAUGGGGAUCAAGUUAUUGUUAAUCUCUUAGGAAGCAAAGAAGGAGAAGACAUGCUCAGUAAAGCAUUCCAGAAUCACCACAAGGCUUCCGCGUUCAGACAAGAUAUCCCACACGUAGUAUUCGACUAUCACCAAAUAUGUAGAGGUGGACGUCCAGAAAACUUACGCAAGGUCUUAAAGCCAAAGCUUGAACAGCACAACAAUAGAUUUGAAUUUUUUUAUGCCGAGGGUGAUAACGUCUUGAGGCAGCAGAGCGGUACUGUCAGAACCAACUGUCUCGACUGCCUUGAUAGAACUAAUGCUGUACAAGCUUUCAUUGGAUUGGAG